AUGCUGGAAGCCGCGCCGGGCGACCACAUAGCCAUCAUCCACCUUGAGAACGGCCACACGACGCUGCCGCAGAACCAGCCCAAGAAGCCGCAGAAUCGCGGCACCAUCUUCCUCUACGGCACCAGCCAGCCCCGCGAGAACGAGCGCCUCUUUGACGUGCAUCUUGUUUGGAACAAGGACGGCACGGGAGGCGAUGGCCGCGGCGUUCUGCUGGGCACGCGAAACUACGACGACGGCAACUGCUACCAGCCCAACAACGGGGCUCUCAGUCUUCAGCGAGCCGCCGAACUGGCCCCUGAGGGUGCCGACCACAACAUUGAACUCGGCUGCCAGUCGACUGUCCAGCUGCCCAGCGACCUCAAAGCCGGCUCCAUCUACACAAUCUACUGGUACUGGGACUGGCCGGACCUGGAUGCCAGCCACAUCGACUUCCAGGCGACCACGAAUGGCCUGUACCCCUGGGCCGGCACAUUCAUGCGUGGCCAGAAGGACCCCCACGGCUUUACCAUGGCUGCUAUUUCCAAGAACGAGAGCUACGCCAGCACGAUUGACAUCAAGAUCACAGGCGGUAGCUCGUCUUCUGCGGCCCAGCAUGCCAACAUCAACAGUGAGUUUAUCGAAAAGCAGAACAUCUACUCCAUGGCCAUCAAGGAUCAGAUGACGGGCAACUACCAGGUCGACAUUGAUGCCGACGGAGGAGGCCAAGGCGGCCAUGGCUCGACUCCUCUCACUUCCACUUCAGCUGCUCCUCAUGUAGCGCCCACCACGGCGGUUGCCACCAAGUCAGCGAUCAGGCAAGGCAUCGCCCAGCCAUCUACCGCUGCAGCUGGCGGUAAUAACAAGCAGCAGUCAACCGUCUGGAAGACGCUCUACAAAACUGUGUCUGCUGCGUCUUCUUCUUCCACGUCGGGCCCUGUUGUCUUCGUGACAACUACAGUCCAUACUCAAGCUGCUGCGGCUUUACACUCACCCUCAACCACAACCAUCACCUCGACCACAACCAUGGCUGUAACUUCAACUCGCACCAACAAUGCUCAGGUCGCUGGUCCGACCGUCAUUGUGUCAGUUACCAAGCAUGUGGCCGCUGCACCAGCUGGUGAGCCGACGCCGACCUCGUUGAACACUCGCCCAACUGUGACGCCGCUCAACCGACGUCGUAACUGGGCCUUUGGCCAACAUUAA